AUGUUCGGUCGGUCUGUCUACAUAGUCCACGUCAUCGAGAUGCAGAUGCGGGGCCUUCCACAUGCCCACAUCGUGUUUAAAAUCGAAGGCGAUGGACCUGUGCAGGCUUCCGACAUAGACUCCCUCAUCCGCGCUGACAUUCCAUCUCCGGAGGAGGCAGGAGGCCGAUUAAGGGCGUUGGUUCUGCGUCACAUGAUCCACGGACCUUGUGGUACGGAUCACAGGACCGACUUCCCUUGCUGGGACACUGCCAAAGGCAGCUGUUCUAAAUUUUUCCCCAAACCACCCUGUGAAUCAACCCAUGUAGACGAGAGGGGCUUUGUAAAAUAUCAACGUGAUUAUGGUAACGAGGGGAGUAUAACUUCAAGAAACAAAUCGAUUCCUGUACAUGACGGCUGGGUCGUGCCGUACAACUCGGCAUUACUACUUAAAUACGAGGCACACAUCAACUUGGAGGUAGCUUCCACUCGUCGUGUGAUCAAGUAUCUGUUUAAAUACCUCAUGAAGGGUGGCUCGCUUCAGAACGUCAAAGUUACUCCUCUUAGUAAACAAGACGAUGAAGUUGAGCACUACGUCACGAAGCGUAUGGUGGGAGCCAGCGAUGCAUGCUGGCGUCUCUUGGACUUUCCCAUCUCAAAGUCUGAGCCCACAGUCGAUUGUCUCCCUGUCCACCUAGAGGGAAAACAGACUGUGUGCUUCCGCCCUAACAACUUGACACACGCCACUUCUGGAGCUACCUCUGACCUGCUCUUGUAUUUCAAUAGGCCUCUUGACUCGGUAUUCGACGAUUUAACCUACCAGUCUUUUUUCGAGCAGUACGUUAUUCAUAACAAACGCCCUAGUAAUGCUGAGGUGUACGACCAUCCAGACGGCAAGCAUUUCCUUACCUCAAGAAAGCGUGGUCAAAAGAUCUGUCGUCUCUUCUGGGUCUCGCCAAACAGAAGCGAGCAGUACUUUCUUAGGCUCCUUUUGAUGGUCAUUCCGUGCCGGGGAUACGCCGACCUGCUUGCUCGUGGUGGUGAUGGUUGCACGACAUAUCAACAGGUUGCGCGCACCCUCGGUUUGGUUGAGGACGAGGACGAGUACCACCAAGCCCUCAAGGAAGCAGCUCGCUUCAUGGUCGGCCCGAGGCUCCGCUCUUUCUUUGUCCUUCUGUGCAACAUGGGAGCUCCUGCGGCCCUCUUGUGGGAUGCUUUCCGUGACGCAUUGUGCGAAGACCAUUUGGAGCGGAAUCCUCUUGAUCACGAGGUUGCGUACAAGCUGGCUCUGAUUGAGAUCGAUCGAAGCCUUCGACGUCAGGGAUCCUGCUUGGCCGAUCACGGUCUCCCUACUGUAGACGACGACACGACCGAACUGGGGAGGGAACUUCUCAUCUACGGUGAAAAUCGUCAGAGAUCACUUGUAGAUGAGUGGGAACCUAAACUUUCCCGCGACCAGAGGGCGGUCUUCGAUUAUGUUCGGUCUCUACUACAGGGCCAAGUCGAUCGUCGAUCAACAAAAUUGAUCUUCCUUGACGGACCCGGAGGCUACGGCAAGACAUUCCUAAUACACGUAAUCCUCGCUUAUGUCCGUAGUCGUAACCAGGUCGCUAUUGUAACGGUCGUAUUCCCCUUGGAAUACGUACUGUUACUUUGGGUGACGUAG